UAGUAAACUAGUGGAAGAGAAUGGGGAGGAGGUGGGGAGUUGUAGUAAUAGGAAUGAGGUGGUGAUGAGUUUGGUGGAGGUGGAGGAGAUUUGUGGUAGUAAGCUGGUGGUGGUGGAGAUUUGUAAUAAUAAGCUGGUGGCAAUGGUGACAUCAUCGGUGGGGGUGGAGAUUUAUAGUAAUAAGGUGGUGGUGGAGACUUUAUCGGUGGAGGAGGAGAUUUGUAAUAGUAAGCUGGCGGCGGUGGUGGAGGUGGGGAUUUAUAGUAGUAAGAAGGAAGGGAAGCCUUUACUGGUGGCGGAGGAGAUUUGUAGUAGUAAGUCGGCGGUGGUGGUGACUUGGCUGGUGGAGGGGGUGACUUUACUGGUGGCGGAGGAGAUUUGUAAUAGUAAGCAGGUGGUGGUGGUGACUUGGCCGGCAGAGGUGGAGAUUUAUAGUAGUAUGGAAGUGGUGAAGAUUUUGCUGGUGGUGGAGGAGAUUCGUAGUAGUAAACUGGCGGCGGCGGUGACUUGGUCGGUGGAGAUGGAGAUAUAUAGUAGUAUGGAGGAGGGGAAGACUUUAGUGCUGGUGGUGGUGGAGAUUUGUAAUAAUAAGCUGGUGGCAAUGGUGACAUCAUCGGUGGGGGUGGAGAUUUAUAGUAAUAAGGUGGUGGUGGAGACUUUAUCGGUGGAGGAGGAGAUUUGUAAUAGUAAGCUGGCGGCGGUGGUGGAGGUGGGGAUUUAUAGUAGUAAGAAGGAAGGGAAGCCUUUACUGGUGGCGGAGGAGAUUUGUAGUAGUAAGUCGGCGGUGGUGGUGACUUGGCCGGUGGAGGUGGAGAUUUAUAGUAGUAUGGAGGAGAGAGGGAGUUUCCUGGCGGCGGAGGAGAUUUAUAAUAGUAAGCAGGCAGUGGUGGUGACUUGGCUGGCAGAGGUGGAGAUUUAUUGUAGUACGGAGGCGGUAGGGAUUUCGCCGGUGGUGGAGGAGAUUUGUAGUAGUAAACUGGUGGCGGUGGUGACUUGGUCGGUGGAGGUGGAGAUUUUACCGGUGGUGGAGGAGAUUUGUAGUAGUAAACUGGUGGCGGUGGUGACUUGGCGGGUGGAGGAGGUGAUUUAUAGUAGUACC